AUGUUCAGAAGAUUAACUCAGUCCAUUUUAUCGGUGGUUCCGAGUCAAGGCUCAGAAGCGUUAAAUUCAGAACCGGGACUAAGAAGAUUGGUCAUGAAAGUGGCGCAGGCCCCGGGGUUCGUUGAAAUGUGUGCGAUAUUCGGGUACGACGCAGAAGAACAUAUUGUUCGUACUUCAGAUGGGUAUCUUCUAGGAAUUCAUCGCAUUGGAGGACCUAAAGGUUCGAAUUGGAGACAGCGGACAAAUGCUUGUAAAAACUGCUGGGGUGUAGAGGGUUUUGAAGAGUCGGUAGGAGCAGGAUCCCGUCGGUCUAGCACCAACACAACAGCAUCUUCACCCGACUCACCAGACCAAAAUAGCAAUGGAAAUGGAAAUAAUAGCUUCAAACGACCAGUGGUGUAUCUUCAUCAUGGUCUUAUGAUGAAUAGUGAAGUAUGGGUCUCUGUUACAGAUGCAUCUAAAUCGCUGCCAUUCGUGCUGGCUGAUAUGGGAUACGAUGUCUGGCUCGGAAACAAUCGAGGUAAUAAGUACUCUAAAAAACAUGUGUUUCGAAACCCUUCAGAUCGAGAGUUUUGGGACUUUUGUAUUGAUGAUUUUGCUUUAUAUGAUAUUCCCGAUACUGUGGAUUACAUUCUAAAUGUUGUUAAGCAAGACGAUUUGACGUAUAUCGGGUUCUCUCAAGGAAGUGCUCAAGGAUUUGCUUCAUUAUCAAUCAAUCCGACUUUAAACAGUAAAAUCAGGUUAUUUGUAGCACUUGCACCUGCUAUGGCACCUCCAGGACUAGGAAACAGAAUUGUAGACUCGCUGGUCAGAGCCUCUCCUUCUAUUAUCUACCUGUUCUUUGGACGACAAGCACUUCUCAAAAGCACUACAUUCUGGCAAUCUAUUAUGUUUCCACCGUUGUUUGUCCGCACUAUUGACGCAGCACUGCGACUUCUGUUUAAUUGGCAAGCCAAAAACAUCACCUACGCCCAGAAACUAGCUGCUUAUUCGCAUUUGUAUUCAUAUACCAGUGUCAAAAGUGUAGUACACUGGUUUCAGAUUAUUCGUAGUGCACGAUUUCACAUGUACGACGAUGAGAUAUAUAAUCCUCUCGUCGAAACAUACCAUGAGAACAGUUUCUACCGAGUGGCCCCGUUUCCGACUCAGAAUAUCGUCGCUCCAAUUGUGCUCAUUUAUGGCAAAUCCGACUCUCUUGUAUCCAUCAACGCCAUGCUAGCAGAGUUGCCAACUGCCACUGCUCAUGUUGGAAUCAGUCACUACGAGCAUCUGGAUCUGAUAUGGGCCGAUUCCGUCGACACUCUUGUGUUCCCUUACAUUUUCUCGGCCUUACGACGAACCGGCACCGCAACUCUGGCAUUACCAGCAUCGCCAUAUCCGCAAUCGAAACAGCUCCAACGACGGAAGAGCCAGGACUUGAGACACAAAAGUAAACCAUUACCGAUAUCGCACCACACCCAUCGCCAUCAAAGCCAGUCUGGCUCAAUCCGACAGAUGAGCAACUCCACCUCGUACCUACCACCACUGACCUCACCCACCCGCCAGAAAUCGCCGCCGGUCGGCGUCUUCUUCAAACCGUCGACCUCACCCACCUCGGCAGCCUCACUUCGUCCCUCACAAACAGCCCUCUCCGACUCCGAAAGCGACAUCGUCGAAAAGCUCUCCGAGGAGUUGUACACUAAUAUCUAA